AUGUCCUCCAUGCGCAAUGCCGUUCAGCGGCGCAACCACCGCGAAAGAGGCCAGCCCGAAGAACGCAAAAAGUUCGGAUUACUAGAAAAACACAAAGACUACUCACUCCGAGCCGCAGACCACAAUCUCAAGAAACGCAAACUCAAAGUCCUGAAGCAGAAAGUCCUCGAGAAAAACCCAGAUGAAUUCUACUUUGGCAUGUUAUCCCGCAAGGGGCCGUCGACGACGGGGAAGCAGCGCACGGGAACGGUGAAUGGGGAUCGGGGGAAUGAGGUGUUGGGUAUGGAGAAGGCGCGGUUGUUGAAGACGCAGGAUGUGGGGUAUGUGCGGACGGUGGGGAAUACGGUUGCGAAAAAGGUGACGAAACUCGAGGAGCGGUUGGCGAGGAUAGAAGCGAUGCAGAAUGGAAAGGAGCAUGACGAAGAGGUUGUGGGGAUGGGGAAGAAGACGGUGUUUUUGGAUGGCGAGGAGGAGAUGGAACUUAGGAUUCAGGAGGCGGAGUGGGAAGCUGAGGCGGAGGAGGAGCGAGAGGAGGGGGCUAGUAGGGAGGAGAGAGAGUUUAAGAAGGUGCAGAGGAGGGAGCGUGAGAAGGUGCUGCAUCGACUGGAGUUUGAGAGGGAGAGGUUGAGGGUGUUGAGGGAGACGGAAUUGGCGUUGGAGAUGCAGAGGGCGGGGAUGGCGAAGACGAGUACGGUUGGAGGGGUUAAUAAGAAUGGUGUUAAGUUUAAGGUUAAGGAGAGGAAGAAAUAA